AUGCGAGCAGCUCUUAUGUGGACAAUCAAUGACUUUACUGCAUAUGCUAUGUUGUCUGGAUGGAGUACAAAAGGAAAGUUUGAUUGCCCUUGUUGUAAUUAUAACACGAAUUCUCGCUAUCUUAAGCAUAGUCGGAAAAUGUGUUAUAUGGAUCAUCGUGUUUUUCUACCCAUGGAUCAUCCAUGGAGAUCUAACAAAAGAUCUUUCAAUGGAAAAACUGAAUUCAGGCCUCCUCCACCUUUAUUAAAAGGAACUAAUAUACUUAAUAGCUUACAAGAUUUUGAAAAUGUGUUUGGAAAGAAGAGAAAGAGAUCAAAUGAUGGCCCAUGGAAAAUAAGGUCAAUCUUUUUUGAAUUACCUUAUUGGCAUCGCAACUUGUUACGCCACAACCUUGAUGUAAUGCACAUAGAGAAGAACAUAGUUGAUAGCAUACUUGGAACUCUUUUGGAUAUUCCUGGCAAAACAAAGGAUCAUGCAAAAGCCCGAUAUGAUUUGAAAGAGAUGGGAAUUAGAAAGAAUCUUCAUCCAAAAUAUACUGGAGAUAAUAAGAGAACAAAGUUUGCAAAAGCUUUCUUCUCAAUGACAAAUGGAGAGAAAUCAGUUUUUUGUGGAGUUUUAAAAACAGCUAAGCUACCUGAUAGCAGUGCCUCCAAUAUAUCUAGGUGUGUACAACUGGAUGAAAGAAAAUUGUCUGGUUAUAAGACCCAUGAUGCUCAUUUCAUGUUACAUUACUUGCUUCCAAUACCAAUUAAAAACAUCCUUCCAGAUCAUGUGGCUAUUGCUUUGAUUCGUCUAUGUUCCUUCUUCCAACGUUUGUGUCAAAAAGUUAUCACAUUGGAGGAACUAGAUUGCUUAGAAGUAGAGAUUAGAGAAACAAUAAAUCAGUUGGAGCGAAUUUUUCCUCCGUCAUUUUUUGAUAUAAUGAUUCAUUUGGCGAAUGAAGUGAGAUUAAGAGGUCCAGCUCAGAACCGAUGGAUGUAUUCCACUGAAAGAGAAAUGGAUAUCUGCAUGGGGUUGUACAAACCAAAUUUAACAGAAGAGCCAGAAAUAAUGAUGAAUGUGACCCAAGUGAUGCAGAAACAAGAGAAUGAGCACGAGGUUAAUAAUCAUUCGCGAAGAUCUAAAUGGCUCAAGGCCAAGGAUCAUUGUCAAAACUUCUCUCAAUGGUUUGAAACUCGUGCUUUGCAAGAGGAUGUGCCUGAUUUGAUAAAACAAUUGUCUAAAGGACCAAAUUCUGUUGCUAAAAGAUACUCUGGGUAUCUCAUUAAUGGAUAUAGAUUCCAUAUUAGGCAGCGUGAUGCAAGGUGUAAAACACAAAAUAGUGGUGUUACACUUGUUGCCUCAACUACGAACUUUGCAAGCUCAAAGGAUAAGAACCCGAUUGCUGCAGAUUUGACUUAUUAUGGUAGAAUAGUUGAUAUAGUUGAGUUAGACUAUUAUAGUCAUUUUAAGGUUGUUUUGUUUAAGUGCGAUUGGUAUGAGGUUGAAAAAGAUAUUUAUGGCCUUACUUAUGUCUAUUUUAACAAGAGAUGCUCUCAGGAAGAGCCUUUUGUGCCUGCAUCUCAAGUACAUCAAUGCUUCUAUGUGCAAGAUCCAUAUGAUCAAGAUAGACAUUAUGUUAUGAAGACUGUUCCGAGAGACUUGUUUAACUUGAGUGAUGAAUUUGAAUAUGAUCUCCCACAAAGUUAUGAAAAUGAGUUGUCUGAACACUUGAUGGGACCAUUCAUACCAGAAGAUGAUGGUGAAGUUCCUUUAGUAAGGACUGAUGUACCAGAAACUGUUAUUGAUGUGCCUUCGAAGGAAUUUGUUACUCAACAAAUUGAGGUCGAGUAUGAAAAUGAGUUUGAAGAUGAGUUUGAAAAAGAGUGUGAAGAUGGGUCUAAAAAUGAGUAUGAAGACGAUUCUGAAGAUGAGUCGGAAGAUGAGUCUAAAGACGAGUUUGAAGAUGACACACCAUGA